AUGAGUGGAGGAAGGGUUUCGAAGACAUUAGAUGCAAAUAAAGGGAAGAUUGGAGGCUGGGUUGCAAAGAAGUUAAGAUUAAAUAAAAUAGGGCUCAUAAAUAAAGCAUCCAAUUUGGUUGCGACUGAGUCAGAAAAUGCUUUAGGAAAGGACGAUGAGUUUGCAAAACACGCAAAAGACUUUAAUGACCAGAUGAAAGGUGAAACAAUGCAUUUAAAUAGAGUCGAUGGAACUAAAGAAAAUGUUUCUUCUCCACUAGUAGUUCUUCCGUAUGGUCCCUAUGGAAUGUAUGGAAACCCUUACGAAAGACCAUUUGACCCAUUGACU